AUGCGUAUCCCGGAGCAUGAGCACCAGAAGUUGGCAGAUGCCCAGCAGCAGCUCCUAGACUACCGCUCCUGGGCGACCUUGAACUGGUGGGACGCGGUUUUCACCCGCACCUCACUCCCUCAGGGUACCGACAAGGAAUCAACCCUGGCUCGGGUGAGCAGGGUGGCAGAGAUGGGUGAACAGCAGAUUUUGACAGGCCCCUGGUUUGUGCUUUGUUCCGUUCCUCAGCUUUUGAAGGUCUACAAAUUCCUGAUUCUCAGUUCAAUGCUAACUUAUUUCAUCAACAGUUUUGACCUUCACAGCCACACAUUCGAAACCAAGCGCAUCACGGCCGAGAAAAGCAAGAUUCAUGAGAGUAUUAUUCAAGAGGUGCUUGAAUCCUUUGUUGAUGUUCCUGAAAGUGCAAUCCCAGAUCUUGAAAGGAUCUUCAACAUCAUCAUCGCAGCCAUUGAGGCGAAAUCCCAGGUCAGCAACAAUCUGGCUCAUCUCAAUGUCUCCAAUACCCUUGAGUAUAGCAUGGGCAAUAUUCGAUCUGUCACACAGACCACGCUGUUUCUCAUCACGUACGAGACGGUGCAGUUCAAUACCCAGAAGGGGGAGGCAGACCAUGUCGAAUUCACCAUUUCAUACAGUCAAGCACAGGGGGGUUUUAGCAACAAUAAAUGGAAAUCGGUGGUUGAACAGUUUGAGAUUGAGGAGAACGAAAGGCAGGCGAUGAAUGGUUAUGUGGAGGAGAGAACAGUCGACGUCGCUAUCUAAUAACGCUCUGCGUUUAUGAGUGGUUGGUCAUUGAUUGCUGACCACUACAGUGAAGAGAGUCUUCUACUCCAAUUCUAUGAGACUGCCUUAUAUGGC